CGCGCGCGCGACGUGCGAAUCCGUUCACAUUGUGGCGCAGGAUGUUCGCCGGUGUUCUGUCGUAACUGUCGGUGGAUCGACCUGCCAGUGUUCAACACUCCGACGUUUGCGAAAGAGCCUUUUACACUUUGAUUGUUAUUACUGGUACAGACGUUCUGGUGCGUGGUACAGGCGCGCCUGAACUUGUGAGCGCGCUGACACGGAGUGUUAUGAGACCGUUUCCUCAUGCAGAGUGUCCGGGGAUCAUGUCUCUGUCUGCGGACCGCUCGGCACACGCACAUUCGCCCUCCGACGGCGCGCGCGGAUCCGUGACAUCUACCGUCGCGCGCCGUCUCCAACCGGACACUGCGCACGCGCCACCAAAGGAUAAACCCAUACUUGCUGCUCCGAUGUUCGUCUUUCAGAGGAUGACAUCUGCAAUGAAGAGGACAGCAGAGGAAGAUGGGAAUGGAGCACAUGUGAACAAACGCAUCAGAUUGCUCACCUAUCCUUCUUCUAACAGUCGGAACAAAAAGGAACCCUGUGGCUUUAGCAAACGUGUACGUUCAAGUUCUCUAUCCUUCCCACCGCCUUUACAGGUCCCCAGAUCAAACGUGUUUGUGUCAUCCACCUUGCACAAUCCGAACCAAGUAUCUUCCCCUGCACCAUCCCUAGGCGGCAAGAUAAAGAAUACACUGUUAAGACCGGCUUCGAUGGUGGCACCUCACAGCCAUGAUGUGUCUUGUAUUGAACAGGUCGGCCUUAAUGCAGAUGGAAAGCUCUCUAGGGUUACGAUUGAGCUCCAGUCCUCAGCCAGUGCCCUGGACCAGCGGAUGUUACCGCAAAUGAGCAGAAAUCUCUCACAGACUAAUUCUGCUGUCACGGAAAACGCCCAGUUUGUGUUUGGGGAGAAUAUGAGUGAGAGGGUACUGAGUCCACCUCGUAGUGAGGACAAGUCUGAAACGGACUGCAGCUCGAGUGACUCGGAUUCCUCCUGCACAGAAGUCGCUAACACAAUGACUGAAAACAACACACUAUGGGAAUCCGCUGCUGCCCACACGGCCGCCUCCAGGAGACGUUGUCUGCUCAAACAAGUGCAGAUCUUCACAGGAGAGGAGAACGAGAGCAACGUCGUCCAGCUGAUGUGCAAACUGUUCGUUUUGGAGAGGGGAACCCAGUCAUGGAGUGAGAGAGGGAGAGGGUUCUUACGACUGAACGACUUGCAGACUAAGUAUAAGGGAUGUUUGCAGUCAAGGAUGGUGAUGAGGCACCAGGGCAGUCUGAAACUGAUCCUGAACACUAAGUUGUACCCGCACACACACCUGCGGCGCCCGGCACGGAGGAACCUACAGGUGACAGCCACUGACCUGGAGACCCACAGUGUACGUGUGUUCUUGGUCCAGGCCAGUGCCCGAGACAUUGCCCGCCUUUAUGUGGCUAUUCAUCACAGACUGGUGGCACUUCGCUGCAGUACUGCAAUGUUCAGGGACUGUGAUGGACACUGCAGCAGCGAGGAGGACAACGACAAUAAGGAGGAGAAGGCUAACAAGGAGGCGGUCUUAAUCACACACACCAGAUCUGGGGAUUGUAAUUGGAGGAACAGUCAUUCCAGACUCCAUCCAUGAACGUCCCACUCAGCCUUGUGCCUGACAAAGAUUCCCAUCAUGCUUCUAAUAUCAGACAUUUUAUGAAUAUCCAGAUCUUCUGUAUUUCAGCAGUACGGAGGUUUUUGUUGUGUAGCUGUGUGAAAUUUCUGUACAGUAUUAAACUCUGCUUUUUACCAAGAUCAGUUCUCAGGUUGUAGACAGUGAUGCAAUAUACAUUUUUAACAAUCUUUUUAAAUAAAAAAAGAAAAAAAAAAGAAAAAGAAAAGAACCAGGCACAAUCAUGUUUAUUUUGUUCCACCUUCAGAUAGAUAGAUCAUUUAGGCCUGACCAGAACAUUUCUUCAGAACAUAAUUUCACUUUUAUUUCGGUUAUUUUUCCCAAUAGAGCAGUAGAGUUCUUUUUGCCAGAAAUCUGCACCAUUAAGGUUUCAGAAGAUCAUACAAGACCGAAUUUGAGCUCUUUGGUGAUGGAUUAAGAUUAAACGAGGAUUUAUUAGCUGAUUGUAAACAUACUUAGUUGUACCUUUACGUUCACACUAAACCUUCACAAGUUUAGAAACUCUUUUGGAUAACUGCGAAACGUCUGGAUCAUGAUAUUUCUAUGCAAACCUUAAAAGCAAAUCCAGAGAGAAUGUAAAAUGGGCCAAUUUUGGGACUACUACUACUCUUAUUAUUAUUAUUAUUUUUUAUUCUCUGAUUUCUUCCAUAUCACUUUGUCAAGGGGAUAAAUGAGCUAUGCUUUCUGUUAUUGAAAAAAUUAUUGGUGCUUGUCUGUGCCAAUUAUUUAUAAUGUGAUUGACAGAUCUCUGUGCUCUAUUAACAAAGGAUUUCUGUUUUCAUUCUACCUCAUGAACAGUAUUGUAAACCUGAUCUCGUCUUCUGCACUGUUUUGGUCCUAUGAAGAGCCGGUCAUGUUAAGAAAAGCUUACUACCUGAAACCAGUGUUUGUAUUUUAUUCUCUAUUUCAACCCUGAAGGUUUAAAGGAGAAAUUCAAAUAGUGUCUACAGCCACAAUUCUGUCUGUGAAUUGCAUUUUUAUUGGAAAAUCUGCAAAAACUGAUGUUAUUUACUACCUAUUAUACUUAAACAUUAAGAAGAGCAUUUAAUUAAGAGUUGUAUUUUUUUAUAUGUAUUUAACUGAUUAAAUACCUAAUUUUAAGUA